AAUUUCGUUUCACGAUCUUACUCGAAUAAUAUAUACGACAGUUUGAUGCAUACACUUUUUUGCAUUUUAUAAAAACUUCCUCUUCCUCUUUUAUUUCUUUCUCUUCCUUUUUUUUAUUUAUUUCUCUUCUUUUAUUCUCUCGAAUCGUAUCGCGAGUGUCGUGUCGUCGUAAGUGCAUCUGAAAAAAUGAACAGUGACGAUGUAAUCUGGAAUACUGACUCCACCAAUGCACUAUGGAUAUAUAAAUAUAUAACUUGGGCAACUGGUACGUGGCCGUUACAAGAGGAAGGAAUAUUUUCAACAAUUCGUUUCGUCAUCGCGUUCGUUUUAGGGUUUGGUACACUAGUUUCCAUUCUGAUGGAAAUCCGACUGAAUUGCGGUAGCGUCGAUGAGACACUGGAUUUUUUUGGAAUUUCGCUUUCAACGGUGGGAGGUCUGACAAAGUUGAUCUUCAUCAAGUUGCAUCGAAAUGAUCUACGGAAGAUCUUUAUGUCAGCAUUGAACAAUUGGUCCGCUAUCGUCGACAGUUCGUCUGCAAGGAAGAUCAUGUUGAAAUAUAGCCAACGUGGCAAAUUUGUGGGCCGUAUGCAGAUGAGUUUCGCUUUUGUCAUCAUUACAGCGAUUAUAUUGGAUGCCAUUUCUUCACCGGAGGCCUUCCAGCAGGAGAACAUAACCUCGAGCGAAGAGUUCCCUAAACGAAUACCUCUUCGGACUAUGUGUGCCUUUGGCAAUAUGUCAACAUCUAUUUAUUGGACAAUUUUCGUUUUACAGUCAAUUCAGCUAUUUAACGCAGUACUUAUUGAAAGUGGAAACGAUGUUUUUUUCUUUGGAAUUUCUAUGCAGAUUUGUGGUCAGUUCGAUACACUAAGAAUCUUGUUGAAAGAAUUUAAAACGGAAAAGGAGGAGGAUCGUGUUCAAAAAAUUAGGCAAUUCGUUGAUAAACACUCGCAUUUAUUGGAUCUUGCUCGACGAGUCGAGGACACUUUCACUAACGUUCUUUUAAUACUUUUAAUGACCAAUGGAGUGCAUAUCUGUUUAACAGGGAUACAAAUAUUGUUGCUGUCCAAACAAAAUGAUGUAGUUCCUCUCAUCAAGGCUAUCGUCGCGUUCAUUGUCAUCUUGAUACAAAUUUUCUUAUAUAGCUAUGCCGGGGAUUUUCUCUCGUCAUUAACUCAGGAUAUUUACAAUGUGAUUUAUGAUUAUCCUUGGUACGAAUUGUCACCGAGUAACGUUCGAAAUUUGAUAUUCAUAAUUAUGAGAGCGCAUAAACCGUUUUGCUUGAGAGCCGGAAGAUUUUAUCCUAUGAAUAUAGAAAGCUUCAAGAACAUUUUGAAGGCAUCUUUUUCAUAUUUUUCCGUCUUACGAAUUGUAUUCGAAGAAUGAU